CACAACUGUAAUAUAUCGUCUUGUCGAUAGACAGUUAAGUCGUUACUCGACUGAUGCAAAUCGAGUAACUUGUUAAUUUUUUGUGUGUAAAGAGUUCUUGUUAUAACCGACGUUUUUAUUAUGCUGCGCUAUUAGCGAAUACCGUCAAAUUCAGUGUCGCCUAUCGGAUGUAUCGAUAUUAAGCUCGUGAUUGUGUUCGUACUGACGCGCGAAAUUAUCAAAUAUAAACACAGAUAUCACUUCAUAUAGAUGGCAUACGGCUCAACGCAUUAAGCAAUUUAGUUUUUAUAUACAACUCGACUAGAUGUGGACAAAAUAUGGAUCAUCAGAUUUGUCAAUCCUACUAUAUGACUUACAAUCUACUGUCGCAAAUGCCAUAUCACAGCAAUUCCUCGAACUAUGCGAUUGCGAACUUGAGUGGAUAUGCAAAUUUGACAUCAAGUCAAAAUGUACAGCAUAAUGUACAAAAAGAAGGACUUAUUAUUGAAAACCUACUUGCCCAUAUGGGUAUGCUGAAAUAUCAAUUGAAGUGUGAGCAGGAUGCAAGAAGUGAGCAAGCAUUUCAGCUGAAGAGAGUUUUACAACAACAGCACAACUCGCUUGAAUAUAACAAAAAGCUGACUGAUAUGUUGAAAUCUACCAUGCAUGAGCUUUCUGAGCUCAAAUUACAGUUGAAAUCUGCAAAAUUGGAAGAAACAACACAGCUGAAAGCUGUUUUACAAAAUGAAAAGAAUUUGAUUGCGGCUAACCGAAAGCUGCUUGCUGAGAAUGCUAUGCUAACGGAGUCACUGAAAGAUAACAAAAUACAGCUAUCCAGUGAUAAAUUAAAGCCACAACCACAAAUUUCAAGGCUGAAAGACAAUCUAAGCCGAGCCGAUUCUGAACUGCAGCAGUGCCAGGCGCAAGUGAAUGCAUUAACUGCAAUCAACGAAAUGCUAAUUGCUGGCAAUGAAAAACGCGACGAAAGAAUUGCAGAUUAUAAGCGAAAACUGCAAAAUUACAUCAACCUCAGCCCAUCAUUGGUCUCUGAAACUGUGUUGGCAGACAAUGCCAUCGCUCAGAUAAGUAGCCCAUGCACUGCUCUAGGAGCUGAGAACUGUUUGGGCACCUGGCUGUGCGUGUCCUGUGGCACCAAUGCAUCAACUGUUCAUAAUCAAACUUAUGCCGAGUUUCGCCGCCGCUUAUGUGAAGUUCAUAAGGAAUCUAUUGACCUGAAUCUGUGAAAAGCAUUAAAAAUGAACCUA